AUGGGCCUCACCAAUCCACCGCUCGCACCGCAGCCGCCACCACAAGCUGCUCCUCAGACCGAUACAGCACGUGCAAAUAUCAGGUGGACGAGCAGCGUCGAUCGGAUGGAUCCUUUUACAGAAGGCCCGCACUAUGGGCCCGUGCUCGAGCCAUUCCUCGCCAGAGUUGUGGGAGCGGUCAUCAAAAUCAACCCGCUGCUGGCACCUCCUGGGGAUUCACAUGAGGAUUAUCUUCGAUGGAACAUGCUAUUUCAUACGAGCAAUUGCUACCGCACGACUGACAGCCGACGAUCCUGGAUGAAGGGGCGUAAAGCCCCGGCGACGUACCCCCGCCUAACCUAUGUCAGGCUUGUCUCUCGCUCGUUCCCGUGGAUGAUCCAGAUAGUCGCGCGGGACAAGUCGGUCGGCGUAACAUGUGGAGAAAUUUUGGAUGGUAUAUCCGGAUACUUGUACGGCGACGUCGCGAAAAGAGAAUACGGGAACGUGUCCAAGUCACUGAAGCGUCAGAUUUGGAUGGCCUAUCAGCAAAACCGUUCCACCGAUCCUAAUGUACCAGGUGGUAGGCUUGGCGAGGCUCUCAAGAGGUUAGACUGGCUCGGCAACGAUACGAGGUUCGGCGGGCUGGUUGUGAAUGACGAAUUUAUCAAAGAAAUAUGCGGCGAUGUGCUCCCUGCCACGUUCGAACUGAAAUGCCUGCCAAGUUACCCGCUGACACAACAAGAACUGCAUGACCAACAAUUGCGUCAGCAGGCGGCACGAUCCAGGAACGGGUCGGCAUCUAGGUCGCCCGCUCACUCUGGUUCAGAAAGGAGUUCGGCACGUUCUGAAGAGAUAGAGUAA